AUGGGGAAUUGGGUCGUGGUGGCAACGGAAACGCUGAGAGCGGAGUUCCCGUGGUUUGAGGUGGUUCAAGCAUGGAGCGUCUUCAACGUCGUCGAGCGGGACCGAGACGCGGGGUCCAUGGGGUGUGGCAAGGACUUGCUGAGUUUGCUGGUCCGCUUCUGGGCAUCUGGCGCCUCCACGAGCGGAGUUGAGCAGUCUUUUGCACAGAUCGUGGGGUGCUCCGGCCCAAAACUCUGCAUGGGCAUGGGGGCCCUCGAGGACAGGAUGGACAUCUUGGACCUGGAGCUGAUAGACGAGGACUCCGUCAUCAACCUCGCCAUGCAGCUCUGGUGUGAACACUACGGCUGCUCGCGCACGUCAGGGGCGCGACCGAAGAGGAGCGAUACGGGUGGGACUCGACAGAAGAAUCAGGGCGAUCUGCCCACGGAGUUUGCCUUCUCGAAAGAGCGCAGAGCAGCGGCGACAGAAGCUUUAUCCAGCCUCCCGACGCAGGACGUUGGAGCCAUCACCGACACAGCGGGCGCCAAAUGCAUGGCGACAUGGACCGACUCCCAUGACAAGGAGAUCAAGUUCGCGAAUGAGAAGAGGAUCAAGCGGAUUGCAGAGGAGACGUGGGCUGGACGGGACCAGUCCGCGGGAGCCAACGUCGAAAUCGCAACUUUCUACUCCUGGGAUUUUGGCCCGCAGUGGCGGGGGCCGGCCAACUACGGUUACGAUAUCACGUAUGCCUCGGACUGCAGCGGCUUAGAUGGCGGCGCGGCGGCACUCAAGCAGAUGGACAUUUCUUUUCGGCAUGCCUUCGCCUCGGAGAAGAAUAGUGUGUACCGUGCCAUCACGGCAGCUUCGCAUCCAGACGUAGAAAUGAUCUACAACGACAUGCGGGAUCGGCCACGAGACCAACUCCAAGACCGCCAUGGUCACAUCGACAUCUAUUGCGCAGGCUUCCCGUGCCAGUCUUUCGCGCCAAAUGGCAACAAGCAUGGUACUUCAGUUGAAGAUGGAGCUCUAGUAUGGGAAGUUGUGCGUACUAUCGACGCUCUUCGCCCCACCGCCUUCGUCUUGGAGAACGUGAAGGCGCUGACGGAGGGCAAGUUCAGGAGGACAUUCGACCGCAUCAUCUCCAGGCUCAAGGCCAUCGGUGUCAAUGAGUACUUCAUCGACUGGAACAUUCUCGACUCCUUGGAUUUCGGCGUUCCCAGCAAGCGCGACCGCGUGUACAUCAUCGGGAUCCGUGGUGCCUCAUUGACCAGCUGGCAAUGGCCUGAACCUGUACCUCGCAGACCUCUAGCCGACUUCCUUGACGACAAGACGGGCGACGACACGGCGAUGGUCAAUCUCAAUUUCACGCAGCUCAGGAACCUAGAAGCGGGCUACCAAAAAAUCCGAGAUCAAUGUGGCGAGUUCACGGAGCCUUUCGUGAUUGACGUGGGAUCGUCGCCGAGAUUUGGCACGGGCGUGUCUCGAGACCAUACGCCGACCAUCACGAAGAGUCGCGCUGGUAGUUCCGAGUAUUGGAUUGUGUGCCGCAAUAGGCUGAUCACUACCAACGAGCUACUUCGUUGCCAAGGCUUCAAGCCCACAGACGUCACGAUUCCCGACGGCGUGUCCACGAAGAAGCUCCAGGAGAUGAUCGGCAACGCCUUCACGGUGACAGUGUUCAAGGCCAUCUUCAAGGCCAUUUUCAAGGCCACUGGCCGUGCUCCCAACGGGGCACUUCGCGCCUGA